UUCAUUUAUAUCUAUUACAGUUGGGACAAGAGCCCUUGGCACAUCUGCUCCUCAGCUGGCUGUGGCCAAGACAAAGUCAUCACUUGCUAAGCCAGGGAUGAAGAACAUUGUGCUGGUGGAUGGAGUGCGCACGCCUUUCCUCAUGUCUGGCACCCAGUAUAACAAGCUGAUGCCACAUGACCUUGCACGACAAGUUCUCAAAGGAUUGGUGACUCGCAUUGGGCUUGACAAGACAGCAGUGGACUAUAUCACUAUGGGCACGGUCAUUCAGGAAGUCAAGACCUCCAACGUUGCCAGAGAAGCUGCUCUUGGGGCUGGGUUUUCCGACAGGAUUCCGGCACACACUGUCACCAUGGCAUGCAUCUCUUCUAAUCAAGCUCUUACUACCUGUGCCGGAUUUAUGCAUGCUGGCGUGUAUGAUGCAUGCAUUGCCGGAGGAGUGGAGUUCAUGUCAGAUGUACCCAUCCGUCAUUCGAGGAAGAUGCGAGGUCUUAUGCUAAAAUUGAACAGGGCUAAGACUAUGGGUGCACGUCUAAGCUUGGCUUCCAGCUGUCUAUGAAGCAUUUCAUUCCCGAGUUGCCUGCUGUGGCUGAAUUUUCAACCAACGAAACCAUGGUCAUUCUGCUGAUCG